CGACGCUCAAAGGCCGCUACACGCCCCUCUUCUCGCGCGAUAUACACAAUCCAGUUUUCCCAAACAUUUUACGAGCAAUUUCAACAUCAGAUUUUCUCUAAAAAUUUUCUUUUGAGGCAAAGUGAGUUUGAUUUGAAGUGAGGAAACUAGAAAAACAAUGUUUGAUUGAAUAUUCCAAGAUGCAUGUUAAAUUUUUGCUGUUACUCCUAUUUGGAUUGGUUUUCGUCAAUAUUGCAAGCGGAAAUUCUACUGUUCCAACACCUACCGACGAAGAUGACGAUGACUGGGACGAAGACGAAUCAUCCGAAAUCGAAGACGAAGGCAACGACGGCAACAAAGUCUACAAAAAUCCUAGGAAUUCACCUUCGACGCUUUGUCCCAGGGACGAAGAACAAGCCACAUUAUUGGGUCAAAAAUGCUUGAGGAAAUGUUCGUCAGACGAAGACUGUAAAAGCAAAAAGAAAAAGUGCUUGUGUGACGGCGCAUGUGGGAUGUCUUGCAUCAAACCAGAUCGAGAAUGUCCUGAACCCGAACAAAUCCCUUACGGAACUGUCAGUGCCAGCGGAAGACUUUUUGGCGCCCGAGCCUCUUAUUCUUGUGAACAUGGCUAUCACGUUGUAGGACUUCAAAGCAGAACGUGCCAGGCUGAUGGACAAUGGGCUGGACAGGCUCCUGCUUGCAAACAAAACAUCUACUGUCUAUCCCCUCCAACAAUCGACCAUGCCCGACACAAUGCUUUACCAGAACAAGCCACAUUUGAUUUGGAUUCUACUCUACAGUACUACUGUCAUACCGGCUACGUCACUAACGGAUUCCCCAGAGCAAAAUGUUUGGCUAUCGAGGGUCAAGCAUCGUGGUAUGGACCGGAUAUAUCUUGUGAACCAAGAUCUUGUGGACCGCCAACAGACAUCUCACAUGGUUGGCACGCAGGCGAAUGUUAUACUUUUGGCUGUCGGAUUACGUACCACUGCGCUGAAGGGUACGAACUAGUCGGCAGGGGUGAAAGAUUUUGUCAAAGUGACGGUACUUGGACGCCCAAAGAGUUGCCUACCUGUGUUCUGGUUACUGCGGUCCAGUGUCCACCGCCUGAGAAUCCAAGACACGGAAAGGCAAUUUACACUUCUUGCUCGUACAAUUCGGUGGUACGGUACGAGUGCAAAUACGGCUACACGCUGAUUGGGGAGAGUACGAGACGAUGCGGUGCUGAUCGGAAAUGGAGCGGUGCUCAACCUGUUUGCAAAGAAAUCAACUGUGGUCAUCCGGGUCGUCUCUGGAACGGCUGGUUAGAAAACAUCGAAGGUGGUACAGGUCUAGGAGCCUCCAUAAUAUUCCGGUGUCACGAAGGUAUGCUUCUAGAAGGCAACUCGUCCACAGUCUGUCAAAUCGACGGAAAAUGGAGAUACGCUUUGCCUAGAUGCUUAGCUCCGUGCGUUGUGCCUCACGUGACCAAAGGACGAGUUAUUCUACUGUCAAGGAACGAUACUGCUCCUACAUCUACAGUGGUGACGCACGGUGAAAUUUUAACUGUAGAUUGUGAUCCAAAGUACGAGUUUAUUUCCACGCUGUUGAAUGUCACUUGCAAUAACGGGACUUGGACUCAGAUGCCUAAGUGUGAACCUGCAAAAUGCCAAACUUUGCCGAAAUCCCCAAGACACGGUAUGGUGUCAGCACCAGAAAUGAAGCACGGCAUGAAAGCCAAAUUCCGAUGCAAAGAUGGUUACGAGAUAAAAGGCCCCGAGUUUAUGGAAUGCUUUUUUGGAAAUUGGUCCGGUGUGCCGCCACGUUGCGAUGAGGUAUUUUGCCCGUAUCCAGGCUUCGUGGAAAACGGUAAAAUCCUUCUAGUAGGCAAUAUGGGUUUGUACGAUUAUAGGCCUUACGUGAAAAAAGUGGCCAAUAAUAAACAAAUUAUGUACGAUUGUGAAAAAGGGUAUAUUUUGGCUGAGGGUGCUCCUGGUGCUACAUGUGUUGGUGGACAAUGGAGUCCCAAAGAAUUACCAAAAUGCUUGCCAGGUGAGCAUCCAAGAUUCCGCUUCAACAGACGUAGAAGGUCUAUAGCAAUUGAAAAAUUAAAAAGGGCCUUUAUAAGAAAUCACCAAUUGAUUUAUCAGAAACGAGAGAAAAGGAAUAUUCAUCAAGAUUUUAUAAACAAUCUUAGACCUUUUCUACUAUAUCAAAAUCAUCCACAUUUAAGAGCCAAAAAAUCUGUUUUUGGCUACGAUUAUUUACAAAAAAACUUGCGUUAUGAUGGACCAGAUCUUAGACCAAAAAGGCAAAAAAAAAGUAUAACUUAUUAUCGAAACUCCGAUGCUUCAGAUUAUACAUACAGACUCAAAAAGCUAAUUAGAUCAAAACGUUAUUCUGACUUUGGUCCGUUACUGUUCGAUCACAGAAACAUUUCCAAAAUGAAAGGUUACAAAACUGAAUGGGAGAAACCACAUAGUAGAAAACCCCGACAAACAGUACUGCAACAGUUCUUCAAUGAAUAUCAAAAUCGCAAGAUCCGAUAUCGAACCAAGCGAGCUCUCAAAGGAGGCGGUUCGAGUAGAGCAGUUGGUUCGAUUCAUAAAAAUUCUGGAGGAAGUGGAUUGAGUUUGAGGCGAGGAAACAAAGGGAGAAGCGAUGGUGAUGAUGAAAGCCUGCCUGAUCCAGACAACGAAAUAACUUCUACGAAAAAACCGAAGGCUCAUCAUAAUAAAACCAGAGGAGGACCUUGUGAACCUUUGCAAAAUGAACCUUUUGUUAAUAUUGAAUUUGUUAAACAUGGCAAAGAUCUAAACGCUACUUAUGGUUCUGGAACCGUGGUAAAAUUAGCAUGUGGCAAAGGUUACAUACCCAAUAUGGCAGAAAACAAGACUGCCAAAUGUGUGAGAGGAAAAUGGAAGCCCAAUAAACCUAUGUGCAACAUAAUUCCAUGCUACCUUCCCGAAACUUCCUUCGGAAUCUACAAACUCCACAAACAAAAAAACUAUGAAAAUAUCACCAUGGAAUUAUUUGAUUUACCUCUUAAUAGUACCGCUGAGGUUCAAAAUGGCGAGGUGGUGGAGUUUAGUUGUGAGGAAGGCUAUGAAGUACAAGGUUCAAGCAAUAUGAGGUGCUAUCAUGGCGAAUGGGCGGUUACGAUGUUUCCAGAAUGUUCUCCUGCUCCUUGCUUAUUGCCAAAAAUCUACCACGGUCAAUACAUGUCUGGAUACAGAGCAGGACUCACCAUAGCAAAUGGCUCCUCAGUGACUUUUCAGUGCGAGGAAGACUAUGAGCCGUCUAGUAUUCAACCCUUGGAAUGUUUGUUGGGUGAAUUGCAGCCAAAAAGUCCAUAUUGUAGAAAAGACGGGGAACCUAUUCCUGAAACUCAUUAUUUGGGGGGAAAAGAUAUAGUUAAAGGUGGCGAUAUAACUGUUAUCGAGUAUGGUAGUUCUAAUGGAAAACAUUGUGGGCCACCUGCAAAAGUUAGAGGUUCUUUGGUAUACCGAAAUGGCGAACCAUUGAUAGAUGACGAAAGUAGCUUCCCAGACGGUAGCGAGGUAACUUUCAACUGUAUCGAAAGCAUUAUGGGCGAGAAAACUACCUGGAAAAUUGUGUGUGAAGACGGAAGUUGGAUUGGUAGAUCAUUAAAUUGCGAUGCAGAUGAACUGAUGGCUGCUCAAAUGAUUAUCAGCAACAGCACUUGUGUAUUCAGGAAUCAAGAACCGAACGUAAUCUCGUUCUAUAAUGACCAAGAGAUUAAAGAGGACGUCAUUGAAUUUCCCGCUGGAGCUCUUCUAGUUUCUCGGUGUAUGGAUAUUGGGAAAUAUGCUAUGGUCGGUCCUAAAACAAGACGAUGCAUGGGUGGCGAGUGGGACGGUCCUAAGCCAGCUUGUUUCGGUUUGAAUCAGGAAAAUGAUUAUUCUAUGGAAAAACCACCAACGAUCCUGUUCAGACAUCAAUUGGGACCCAUAGCUCAGUCCAACGAUGGAAAACUGAUAGUAUAUCCAGGCACGAUUCUUCAUAUGGAGUGUUUGUGGAUAAGGCGGUUUGGAAUACCAAAAUGGAACGUUAGUCACGAUUACAGAAAAUAUCCGGAAGGUUGGACUGACGAUCCCGGUCGUGAUUCUCAAUUAGAAUACAGACUGUCGAUUUUCCAUGCCGCAAAAGAUGAUUCUGGAUUAUUUACUUGUAUUACACCAGCUAGAUACACUCAUUCGAUAGAAGUAGUUGUUAAAGCUGUACAUUGUCCCAUCAUCCCUCAAAGACGUGGCCUAACGGCAAGUACCCAAAACACCAAAAUGAACACUGUAAUAAAAUUCCACUGCGUCAAUGGAAAUUCUUUAAUCGGCGCUCCAGAAUUAACGUGUCUGCCUUCUGGAAAUUGGAGCGCACCUUUUCCAGUUUGUGAAAGUAUUGAAUGUGGAGACGCGGGCUCCAACUUAAGUCCUCACCUAAAAGUCCUUGUGGUAUCCAGAGAGGUAGCUGGUAAAGCUGUAUUCAGUUGUGCGCCAGGUUAUGGGCUUCGGGGACCUUCUGAAACAAUAUGCCAAGCCAGUGGAGAUUGGGCUGCUCCAUUUCCAACUUGUGAAGAAGUGCACUGUGACGAACCCAAAGUGCCCGACAAUGGCUACAUUCAAGGUUCUGGACCUUACAAAGCUGGAGAUGUGGUGCAAUUCAAUUGCAAUCCCGAUUAUAUGAUGGAAGGACAACCGAUUAUAGCUUGUCAAGAGAAUUCCAGGUGGAGCGGGAAAAUUCCGAAAUGUGUCCAAGCUUGUUCUUAUCCAGGUACCACUAUCAGCGGUCGCAUGUCAUCCGUCAAAUUCUAUUAUAAAAUCGGAGAAAAUAUUACAUUUACUUGCGAAGAAGGUCUAAUUCUUAAAGGAGUCGCAAUGUUGAAGUGUUUGAAGAAUGGGAAAUGGUCUAAUGCUAUACCGACCUGUGUGAGUCCAGAUAGUAUUCGGAAGAGGGCAAUUUAAAAGUACCUACAUAGUUUGUUUUUUUUUCGAAAAUAUUUUACAUAUCAUUGAUUUUAUAUGUUAGGUCGAAGGCAAACUAUAAAAAAAUAUUGAAGGUUUCAAGGGUUUUAGAAUUGAAAUUUUUGAUUUCAUAACAAAGAGAAAGUUCUUCAGCCAAUGAAAUUACCUAGAUAUUAUUAUAAUUAAAAUUAUAGGCAUUUUUCAAAAAAGUUUGUACUUGAAUAACUUUGAAAAAUCAUUUAUCAUUCUUUGAAGCUGUAGAAAAUAUAUUUAAAUUGAAAUAUGAAAGGAAUAUCUAUUAUUAAACAUACAUACAUAUUAUAAAACACAAAUAAAUAGAUGAAGCUAUGUAGACAAAUAAGUAUUGUAGAUAUUUUAAGAGAUUUUUUAGUUAUUUUGGAAGCUAUGAUGAUUUUUUUAUAGAAAUUUUUAUAAAUUUUUUUAUGAAUUAAUUUUUCUUAUUAGAUGAAGGUUUGUAUCAAAUCUUUCAAUUAGUCUUCGAACAUUUACAGUUUUAAAUCAAAACAUCAAAUCAAAUCAGCUUUAUUGUCACAAAAAAUAUAUCUAAUAGAUUCUAGAGAUUUUGCAUUUAAAUAAUUUCUAUCGAUUCUUGAUAUAGGUAGAUCAAAAAUAUCUUCUGUAAUAUAUAGUAUUUAAAAAAGUAAUUUUGUUUCGUUUUGAACCAAAUGUAGCGUAGUUAAGAUGAGAUAAUUUUUUGGACUUUAAUUUCAUCAUGAUAAUCGGUUGUGGGUGCAUAUUACUGUAACGAUCCAGAAAAAUGGACUUGAAAUGCAAAAAGGUUUUCCUG